AUGGCGCAAUUCGACGCCAGACGACGGCUUCUUCGCCGCCGAUCGAUUAUCAGUUGGUCGAUGUUGUACGUCUUCGUGCUGUUGUUCCUUCUCCCGGCGGCUUCGACCGCUGCUGAGGAGCCCGAAUUUCCCGCCGACGAAGUCAUUCAGCUCCCGGUCGGCAGGUUCAUCGUUUUCACAAAGACCUUUUUCUGUUUACUCUCAACGCGAUUUCGAUUACAUGUAAUUGUAAAAAAAAAUGUUCCUUUAUUCGUUUUCGUUUUUCGAGGGGAAGUGGGCGUGGCUCUGCGGCCUAUUUCAUUUAGACUCGUGCAGUCUACAGUUUAUUUGGCCUCUGGAAAAGUUCAGCUCUUAUCAUUUGUUUUGUGAACUAGGAAUGUAGGAGCAUACAGUUUCAUUUGAAUAUUAAUGAAACUUUCAUGAAAUGUAUGCAGUUUAGCUUCAGGAGUUUUUUGCAACGAGCGUAUAACCGCAAAAUUUCAACUUUACUCAAAAAGAUAAGAAAAUGGAAUAAUUUUUUUUCGAUCAUUAUUAAUGAAAAUUUAGGUUUCCCGAUCCCGAUUGCGCUUACAGCGUACGAUUCAAAGAUAACAACGGGAGAAAAGUCGAUAGGUGAGUAUAUCAGAUCUGAAUAUGAAGAGGCUCUCAGAUUUUCAGGGAAGUCAGCGUUGGAGAACAGCUUUUCCAUUCUUGGAAUUGCGAAUACGGCGACCACGAGAACAAUCUUUUCUGCAUGAUGGUGCACAACUGCACCGUCUCCAGCAACAAACAGAGGCAACAGCAAGUUUGUAUUUGGUUCAGAAUAUCCUCAAAGAAACUUCACCAUCCAUUUUCUGUUUUCUAUUCCCCGAAACUUCUUUUUUUUUUCUCAAAAAAUUUACAUGACAAGUAAUUUUCCUGACUUAAAAGGAGAUGGACGCUCGUUUGAUGUGAUGACUUUUCGUGGUCGCGACGCGGCUUUCGGAGAAAAAUGGAAGUUCAAACGGGAUCGUUAAUGCCCUGUUCAAAGUGAUUCCGUGAAAUGCAAAAUGACCGUCAGAGCAAGAAAAAGAAGAUAACUAAAUUUUAGAGAGUCAGAGAAGCUCCGCAUUUCGCGGAAAUUACUUUGAACACGUCACAAAAAACGUGGAAACAAGGAGUUCUGAUAUUUUAAUUCACGAAGUUUAGGGCCGAUACCAUAAAAGCAAGAAAGCUUGAGUAACGUUGAACUAUUAAAUCGACCAAGGUGGUAUUGAAUAAUUCGGACAGAGGCGUCUUACAGUCUGUUCAGAUUUUGAAUUUCAAGCAGCUAACGGCAGAGUAUAUAGACUUUCUUUGUUCAGCUUAUUGUAAAAAAAAAGGCCUUUAGCUGAUUUUAUUCAACCAAAUGUUUAUCAAAUGAAUUAGGUAAAUUUGAUUGAUCAGCAUUUUACAAGAAUAUUUCUUUCUGUCCGAAAGCAGUCAUGAAUUUUCCAUGAGCGUCUAGAGACCGAACCAUUUACAUAUCAUUAAUUUGAAAUUGAUGAACUUGAUAACGAUACCUUUCAUCAUUUUAUCGUUCAAGGUGGAAAUAAUUGACGAAUUCGGCUGCUCUUUGUUUCCGACUAUCUUGCCGCACGUGAGCUAUUCCGGAGACCUCGAUGCCGGGCUCCAGGUGCACGCCUUCUCCCUGGACGUGGAGCAGGUCGGACUACAUUGUAUUUGUUUCGUAUCGAUAAAACAAAGACUUCAGGCAGCCGUAUAUUUUUCGUGCAACGUGAAGAUGUUGUUGAAGCUGAACGGCGUUUGUCGGAGGCCCAUCUGCCAGCCUCUCGAGAAGUUUGGACGUCCGUCGAGACGACGCAAGUCUGCGUUUUAUUGA